GUAAUAUGCAGUAAUUGUGUAACAGUUUCACAUGCUGGGUAGUAGUAAACAACAAAACGACUGAAACAGAGGCUUUAAUGGAUUCUACGUUAAACGAAUAAAUGAUUUAAAAGAGUCGAGUCCUUUUGAAGUUGCUUGGCAAUGCCAGCAGAAGGUAACACGGACCAGGCCCUUCCUCCCUUCUCCAGCCCUGUCAGUGUACAAGAAGACAAUGGCUUUUCCAUCCCAGGAAGCAGUAAGGAAGAGCCAGCGGCUACCUGUCCAGAAGGUGUCGGAGCACAGAACUCCAGAAAGUCACAGGCCCUGGUCCAGAUCAACCGUCAGGAGAUCCGCUCAGUGGACCAGUGCUCUCAAGCUGCUGAGCUUCAGGGUUUGGGAGUGGACGUGUAUGACCAGGAUGUUCUGGAGCAAGGUGUGUUGCAGCAGGUGGACAGAGCUAUUCAGGAGGCCAACCAGGCAGCAGCCAAAGCAGAGGCUGCGAAAGAAUAUGAGUCUGUGUUGGAUGAUGUCAGGUCAUGUACAAGUGCUUUGAAACACAUCAACAAAAUCUUGGAGCAGUUAUCUCCCCAUGCUGCUUCGAGCAAGGACAUAAGUCGGAAAGUAGAGUCUGUUAAACGGCAAAAAGAAAACAAGGAGAAGCAGUUAAAGAAGAUCCGAGCCAAGCAGAAGAGACUGCAGGCCUUUCUUGAUGGAGAGAAUAUACAGAAGCUUGAGGCAGAACUAUUGAUUGAAGAUGACGAAGAACCAGGUCCUUCCACGCUGGGCAGCAUGCUCAUGCCCUCUCAGGAGUCUGAAUGGGAAGAGCUCAUCCGCACAGGUCACAUGACCCCCUUCGGUUCACGGAUCCCUCAGAAGCAAGAGAAAAAGGAACCUCGGAAGGUUAUGUUCAGCGAGGACUCCGGUUUUGACAAGUACCUCACAGAUCAGGCACUUUUAGCCGAGAGCAGGAAGAAGCCCAUCUUAAAGAAGCCCACCAAGAGGCUAACAACAAACCUCAAAGAUGUCAAAGAGCAAAAGAACAGUAUCUUAUCCAGCAAAGAUAAGAAACUCCAGAAGCGUAUGCGUAAGCUUCAGAGGACCGCUCUGAGGGCUCACCCCAAAGCCAGGCCCAAGGUGGAGAAAGGGGCAACUUGUGGCAAGAGGAAAAGUCUUGGGGAAGAGGCAUCGGACAGUGACGCCUCAGAGUAUGUUCCUAGUGAUGAACUGAUGGAUCCUGAGGAACCGGAGAGAGAUGAUGAGUUUAGGGUGGACGAAGAUGAUGAAUAUGAGCUUAAACCUUACAAGAAGAAAAAGAACCAGGCGAAAACCAGGAAGGCCAAGGAGGAAGAGAGUGAUGAGUAUAUUCCUAGCAGUUCAGAGGAUGAGGACUCUCAGAAAGAUGGAAAAGACAAGAAAUGUAAAGAUGAUGGAGAUAUCGAGUGUUACCGGCAAAGGAUUAGGAAGUGGAAAAGGCAAAGACUUCGGGAAAAAGAGGCAAAAAGAGAAGCUGGCAAGGAGGAGUCGGAGGAGAGUGACGCAGAGUUUGAUGAAGGAUUUAAAGUGCCUGGGUUCCUCUGGAAAAAACUCUUCAAGUAUCAGCAGACAGGUGUCAGGUGGAUGUGGGAACUGCACUGCCAGCAGGCAGGAGGCAUUCUGGGAGACGAGAUGGGCCUGGGCAAGACCAUCCAGAUAAUAGCCUUUCUGGCAGGCCUCAGCUAUAGCAAACUAAAAACACGUGGAUCCAAUUACAGGUAUGCCGGCCUCGGCCCAACAGUAAUUGUGUGUCCAGCAACAGUCAUGCAUCAGUGGGUGAAAGAGUUUCACACAUGGUGGCCUCCAUUCCGUGUGGCUGUUCUCCAUGACACGGGCUCCUUCACCAGCAAAAAGGAGAAGCUCAUCCCGGAGAUAGUGGCCAGUCACGGCAUCCUCAUCACUUCCUACUCGUACAUACGCAUUAUGCAGGACUACAUCCAGAAGUACGACUGGCAUUUCGUCAUCCUGGACGAGGGCCACAAAAUUAGGAACCCUAAUGCUGGGGUUACUAUGGCGUGCAAGCAGUUUCGGACACCCCACAGAUUCAUCCUCUCUGGCUCACCUAUGCAGAACAACCUGAAAGAACUGUGGUCGCUCUUUGACUUUGUGUUCCCAGGGAAGCUGGGGACUCUGCCUGUCUUCAUGGAGCAGUUCUCUGUGCCCAUUACUAUGGGCGGAUACUCGAACGCAUCUCCAGUGCAGGUCCAGACAGCCUAUAAAUGCGCUUGUGUUCUUCGUGACACGAUUAACCCCUACCUGCUGAGAAGAAUGAAGGCUGAUGUGAAAGCAAACCUCUGCCUACCUGACAAAAACGAACAGGUCCUGUUCUGCAGGUUGACAGAAGAUCAGCGGCAGGUCUACCAGACCUUCUUGGACUCCAAAGAAGUUUAUCAGAUUCUUAAUGGAGACAUGCAGGUCUUCUCGGGCCUCAUAGCUAUGAGGAAGAUGUGCAACCACCCCGACCUGUUCACCGGCGGCCCGCGUUUGCUCCGGGGCAUCCCGGAUGAUCAGCUCACCGAGGAGGAGCACUUUGGUUACUGGAAGCGCUCGGGGAAGAUGAUCGUGGUGGAGUCUCUACUGCGCCUGUGGUUCAAACAGGGACACAGGGUUCUGCUUUUCACCCAAUCCAGACAGAUGCUGGAGAUCUUGGAGGUGUUUGUGAAAGAAAACGGCUACUCCUAUUACAAAAUGGACGGUACUACCACCAUUGCAUCCAGGCAGCCUCUCAUCAAUCAGUACAACCAGAACAAGGACAUUUUUGUCUUUCUCCUGACAACGAGAGUUGGAGGGCUAGGCGUCAACCUGACCGGGGCCAAUAGGGUUAUAAUCUAUGACCCAGACUGGAACCCCAGCACAGACACUCAGGCACGUGAGCGCGCCUGGAGGAUUGGGCAGAAACAGCAGGUGACUGUUUACAGGCUGUUGACAGCUGGAACCAUUGAAGAGAAGAUUUACCACAGGCAAAUCUUCAAACAGUUUCUUACCAAUCGAGUGCUGAAAGAUCCUAAACAGAGGCGCUUUUUCAAAUCUAACGACGUUUAUGAACUUUUCACACUGAGUAAUCCUGAUGGUUUGCAGGGAACAGAAACCAGUGCGAUAUUUGCAGGCACAGGCUCGGAUGUGCAGAUUCCAAAAAGACAUAAGACCUCCCAUCUGUCUCAGGAGACAUCAGGACCAUCACAGUCUCAUUCCUCUUGCAUUGAACAACAAAAGACCGCAUCCCUGUUGAACAACAGCCAGGCUGCUACCUCAUUCAAUGGUCAUUCAAACAAUAUAGACGGAUCUAGGUUACCAAACAAUGCUGAUCUUCCGACAAAUUAUGCCAGUUUGGCAAACAGCCCUCAGAAACACAGAGAAAAGAAAAAGCACCAUGAAAAGACAGAAAAGAAUACAGAGAUAAACAAAAGUAAGCAUAAAAAACCCAAGCAGGACGCUAGAUGUGAGGGCUACCGUAUUUCUCAUUUGGUAAAGAAAAGGGGGUACAAGAAAGAAGAUGAUGAAGAAAAAGAAGACCGUAAAGAUGAGAGAAAGAGUGACGAUUACGUCUUAGCCAAACUCUUUAAGAAAUCGGGAAUCCACAGUGUCAUGAAGCACGACACUAUCAUGGAGGCGUCAAACCCAGACUAUGUGCUUGUGGAAGCCGAAGCCAACAGAGUUGCCAAGGAUGCGCUGAAAGCUCUAAAGAUCUCCAGACAGCGUUGCAGAGUGCCUUUCUCAAGAGGGUCCACACCAGCAAGCCCAGCUCCAGUCAAGAAACGGUUCGGGCAAAAGAAAAACACUCUUCUUUCUCAAGCACCUGGGACAACGGCAAAAGCAUCAGAGAAGUGCAAGGAUGCAAAUAUUAUAAAGAAGUCCGGAAUAAAGAAGCCAGGAUCUGCUGCUCACUUUAGCGGCGAAGGAGCACAGGAGGAAUCUGCUUCCCUCUCAUCCUCCUCUCUCCUCGCUAUGAUGAGGGCCAGGAAUCACAUCAGUCAACCCCAAAGUCAAGACAAUGAGGAAGAAGAGGAAAGCAAUCCGACUCCUGCCGUACCUCCUGCUCCUACUGAUCAAGAUGAGCUUCUGGUCGAUCUGAGGAACUUUGUGGCCUUCCAGUCUCAGGUGGAUGGCCAAGCAAGCACCAAGGAGAUUCUGGAGUACUUCACCCCAAGACUCAACUCAACACAGACACCAGUGUUUAGAGAACUGCUAAGGAAUAUCUGUGAGUUCCACAGACUUCCUGGGCAGGAAGGGAUGUGGAAGCUUAAAGCUGACUACAGGUAAACUGAGCGGAGGAUAUUAAAACCUAUUAAGAGAGGUACAGACGCUCGAAAUGCAAUGUAUACCUCACACUAGGGAACUGCAGGCAAUAAAUUAUUUUUAGAUUACGAAAUAUGUUGUCUGUAAACUUUCUUGAACUUUCAUUACACGAAAAUUGGAAUGGGCUCUUAUUGUAAAACACUCCUAAUGUAUGUUUUUCAAAGCAUUUCCUUUCUGUUGUUUGUAUUUUUUGUUUGUUCAUUCCUGGAAAUUACUUGAAAUUGGAUUUUCUGUUUUGGAACUGGAUCAUAAUCUGUAUCAGUGAACAUUUUUAUUGCUGAAAUAUUGUACAGUUUUUUUAUUGCUUAAUUAAAAAAGUUAUUGGUGCUGGAUGAUACCAAUAAUUCAACGUCUGUCUGAUAAAAAUGGAGAAAUUAUUACUAUUGGGGCAUCAUCCUAUGCUCAGUGCCAAUUUAUUCACUUGACCUUUUCGAAAGUCAAUGUUUUAGGUGCUUUUGAAACUUGAGAAUUGUAUGAUGUCUUAUGAUUAUCUACCUCCCACAAAUUGUCUGUUAAAACACGUAUGAAUAAACCAGUGUAUUUAAAAUGUAAUGUCAGUGUUUACAAUACAACUUCUAACGGUUAAAUGAGUUCAUCAAAAGUUACCAAUAAAUAUA